UAUAUAUAUAUAUAUAUAUAUAAUAUUAUAAUAGUAUAAUAUUGUUGUAAAACUAUUUUCAUUAUAGUCACUUCAGUAUAUAUCAGUUCAAUUCCAAUUCCAAACCUUUGCUCCCAUUGUUUUCAAUUAAUUAAUUAAUUAAUAUAAUUAUUAAUUUAUUUAUACUGCAUUAGUCUUUAGACUGUUCUUAACUUUUGAUUAACUUCAUAGAUAGACUUAUUGAUUUUAUCUAUAUUGAAAUUUCAAAGGUAUCAUCCUCAUAUAGAUUCCACAACUUCGCACAUAAUAAAGUUAUACAAAGAUGAAUAACGAAUACGAUUACUUAUUUAAAUUAUUAUUAAUUGGUGAUUCUGGUGUUGGUAAAUCUUGUUUAUUAUUAAGAUUUGCUGAUGACAAUUAUACUCCAGAUUAUAUUUCAACUAUUGGUGUUGAUUUUAAAAUCAGAACCAUCGAUUUAGAUGGUAAAACAAUUAAAUUACAAAUUUGGGAUACUGCUGGUCAAGAAAGAUUUAGAACCAUUACUUCUUCUUAUUAUCGUGGUGCUCAUGGUAUAAUCAUUGUUUAUGAUGUAACUGAUCAAGAAUCUUUUAAUAAUGUUAAACAAUGGUUACAAGAAAUUGAUCGUUAUGCCACUGGUGGAGUGAUGAAAUUAUUGGUUGGUAAUAAAGCUGAUUUAUCAGAUAAAAAAAUUGUUGAAUAUACUGCUGCUAAAGAAUUUGCUGAUGCUUUAGAUAUCCCAUUUUUAGAAACUUCUGCUCUUUCUUCAACCAAUGUUGAACAAGCUUUCUUCACUAUGGCCAGACAAAUUAAAGCUCAAAUGACUAAUAAUAGUGGUGCUAACAAUUCUUAUAAUUCUGGUAAAGCAAAUGUUAACUUGAAGGGUCAAACUUUGGCUCAAGAUCAAAAUAGUUCAUGUUGUUAGAUUAUUAUAGGUUCUAUUUUCUUUGCUAUUGCCAUUUGUUUUUUUUUUUCACUAUGAUUAUUCCUUUUAUUCUUAUUGAUAGUGGUUAUUUAGAGUAACUAAUUCGAAUUUGAAUUCGAUUUAGACUAUCACUAUAAUCUCAAUCUCUAGUUUUUUAUAAUUUGAUUCUUAUUUUAUUUUUAUUGUCUUUGUUAUUUGGGCCUAAAUAAGAUUAAACUAAUAUAUUAGUACCUUUUCAGUAAAU